AUAAUGUUCUAUAAUAGUUGAGAAACAAAGGGACACGGAAUAAUCGUGUCGUUUCCCUUGUGAAAAAUUAUCAAAUUUGAUUCGAUGGUGAUUAACGUUGUUAAGCCUUAUGGUUUCUUGCGAAAAAUCGCGAUCAAAGUGAACGCAACUUGGUAGCUUAUAUUAGUAGCUAUUUUUGACCCGUCUAUUUAAUACGAUACCGCGGCCAAUUCAAAUAUUACUCCGAGGAUUUAACGAUCACCCUGUUCCGCUAGCGAAAAGGUUUCUUCGAACGCGUGAUUCGCGUCGAUCAAUUUCCAAGACGACAAAACGGAGCCGUCUCGUCGCGUAUAAUAAAACGCAAUCCACGGUCCCGUGGAUCGUGCAGAACGCCGCCGAAAAAGUCAAUAAAUCGUCGGGUUUUCUCUUUGUGCCGAACGCCGAACGAUACCUUCCCUCGAUAUAUCAACGUCCAUUUCAUCCCCGAGCGGACAUCAAUUACAAGACCAUCUCGAGACGUUCAUUUAUUAUUGAAAAGGAAACGUAAUAUCGUGGAUGAUCGGUGACUCGAAGGUGUUUGAUACGUAACGCGGAAAACUUGCCGACGCUUGUUCGCGAAAAAAAAAUACGAGACGCGGGGUGCAGCUUACGGCAGCCUAGUAAAGAUGACGGACGAACUGUUGUUCUCCGCUUUGGGAUUAACCACGGACACCGGUGUCGAGAGGCAACUGUUCACCAGCUCGAACACAGUCUCCUGCGACUACGAACCAUCUUCUUGCAGAACCACACCUCACAGUGACUAUUCAGAGACUAUCGACAGUCAUUCGAAUAAUUUUGCCAAUCCUAUACAGUGUUACACGGAUCUGACCUGUCCGACGAAGACUUUCUGGAACGAGUGGUCUGAUAACACCUCUACGUCUCUCUCGGGCUGUCUGAGUGAACUGAGCGAAUUAGACUCGGAACUGGAAUGGUGUUUAGACAAAAGUUGGAACUCUGGCCUUCCAGAAAGGACACCGUUGUGUACCGCAGGAUGCGAGGGUUUCCUACACCUGCCAUUACCGAAUCCACAGCAAACCUUUCAACACGAAGAACCAUUAUGGGUGCUCGGCAUCGAUUUGAGAGCACUCGAUGAUACUAUGGAAACGAGUGGAAUUGAUUACAAUAAUAACCAGGUAGAAGAGAAUCUCAUCUCAUCAGCAGCUGCUGCUGCUGCAUUGGCAACUCAUGACUAUACUAAUCGCAGUUUCGCGAACGCGGCUGAAGACCGAUGUUUUCCUUGCACUUACCAAGGAUGCGUGAAGGUGUACGCAAAAGCAUCCCACCUGAAAGCCCAUCUCCGUCGACACACCGGUGAAAAACCAUUCGCCUGCACGUGGUCAGGAUGCGGAUGGCGUUUCAGUCGAUCAGACGAGCUGGCAAGGCAUCGACGUUCUCAUUCAGGAGUGAAACCGUACCCUUGCGAAAUGUGUUCCAAGAGAUUUGCACGCAGUGACCAUCUGGCCAAACAUCGCAAAGUGCAUAGAAAGAACGCGUAUCCAUUGUUCCACGCCGGUAGAGGACUACGAGGAGGGAAGAUGAACAACAUUGUGCCAACGGAGAUAUAGCUCUAUGAUAAAUGUGUGAUUCUACGACGACAGUAUCUCGAAGAAUUUUUUCUCCAUUUUUCCCUCCCUCCUCCCUCUUCCUUUCUUUCUUACUUUUAAUGUACUUAAUUGAAACACCACCGACUAUCCUAAUUCGCCAAACACCUUUCCCGUAAAUGUUCCGAAUGAAAUAGAAAACGCUCUUUCAAUGACUGUCUUGAUGACGGUGUGAAAGAAGAGCAAACGAACGAGACAAAAGAGAUUAAACAAUACUACGAGAGUAGUUUACCUUUAAAACGGUUCAAGAUACUGGACUAGAUUAAAUGACAAACUUUUAAGUGACAAUAAAUAUCAUUGAAAAUA